AUGAGCGGUACACACCCUAAUCCCAAGGAUUCGAUGAAGUCCACCUGGCGCCGGCUGGAUCGCGCCGAGUGGACCAUCUAUCACUGGUUCUACGAGAUCCUCGGUGUGCACCCCGAACACCUUGACAAGGAGGUCCCCGUGCACCAAAAGACCGAGAAGAUCCCCUACAUGAGAACAUGGUCCCAGCAUGUUUGGAUCCUCUACCACGCCUUCAUCCCCCUCGCCGUCCACCACGUCUACGUCUCGUACACAGGCCAGAAUUUUACCCCCGUGGGCGCCUUCUUCUUCUACUCCAUCGCCUUCAAGCUCAUCGCCAUCCACCAACUCCAAGUCAUGCGCCGCAUGGGCCACGUUCUCGGCUUCCUAGACGGCGACCAGCACGGCCGUGACGGCGUCCCGGACGUCGGGGUAGCCAAGGUCGUCCGGUCCCUGAUAUCGACAUCAACCUUCCGACCCAUCAUGACCGUCUUCCUCAGUUACCGAGUCAGUCAAGCACCGGCACAGAUGAGCUGGGGAUGGCUACCGCUCGAGAUCGGGCUAUACGGAAUCAUCCUCGACUUCUGGUUCUACUGGUACCAUCGACUGAUGCACGACGUGGGCAGUCUCUGGAAAUAUCACCGGACGCAUCAUCUUACCAAACACCCCAACCCGCUUCUCACCCUGUAUGCGGACACGGAGCAGGAGUUCUUCGAUAUCGCAGGCAUCCCGCUGAUGACGUACUUCAGUAUGCGGCUGAUGGGGAUGCCGAUGGGGUUCUAUGAGUGGUGGAUCUGUCAUCAGUAUGUGGUGUUCACGGAGUUGGCGGGCCAUAGUGGAUUGAGGAUGCAUGCGUCGCCGCCGUCAACGCUGGAUUGGUUGUUGAGGUUGAUUGGGGCGGAGUUGGUGAUUGAGGAUCAUGACUUGCAUCAUCGGAAGGGGUGGAAGAAGAGUCAUAAUUAUGGGAAGCAGACUAGGCUGUGGGAUAAGAUCUUUGGAACGUGCCAUGAGCGAAUUGAGAGUCGGGAGGGAAAUGUGGAUUAUGAUAAUACGGUUAGGAUGCCGAUCUUUUAG